CUAAGCCUCAUCCUCCAUUUUCUGCUAAAUAAUUGCAUGGACUUAUCCAUGUAACGUCACAGAAUAUGAGACGUAUUCAUACCUAACCUGCCAUACACGUGAAGUAUAAAUACACACCCAGCUGGAGCUGCAGAGCAUGAAAGGCUGCAGAGAGGCAACAAGUUGCAACGUGAACCGAGGAGCGUCCUUCUGCUGCAGCAACAGACGGAGACCAUGUUCGCUGCUGAAACCAAAGCAUUGGUGAAAAACACCGGAGCGGAAGAUGAUCUAAUUGCUAACUGUAAUUUAAAUAAAAAGAUGGAAAUUCUGACUCUGGUUCGGAUCAGAAAGGGAAGCAUCUUUCAGUACCCCAAAUACAAGCCCCUGAACAUCACUCUACCUGAGCUGAUGAAGGAGCAGGACUUUUCUCCAGAUUUUGAGGAGAAAGUCUUGGUGGACGACUUUAAGACUUGGGUCGAAACCAGCGGCGGCAGCAAACUGGAUGGAGGACAUGAAGCUGUUGGUAAUGCGGAAAUGUCUGGGAACUAUGACUCUGUGGAUGGUCUGGCUGAGCCGGUCAGCAUCAAGAAAAAGAAAGUCCACCUUCCAGAUGUGAGGAGCAGGUUUAGCGGCAGGAUGAUAAAAGGAGACAUGCUGAAGCUGCUCAAACUAAAGGAAAAGGACAAACUGGCCGUUGUUUAUGAGACUGUUUACAACAGCGGAGCUGUGACCAUAAUCAGCAAAAGGAAAAAAGACGGAUGCAUCUCAGCUUCUUUCAAUAAAAUGGCCAAUCUGUUCUUUAAGGGCGACUCGAAGCAGGACACCAGCUUUACUGUACCAGAAAAUUGCACCUUUGCUUUCAGCCUGGUGGAGCUCCUCCUGGAGGAUGGGAAGAUCGAAAUCUCACUAGAAAGCUGGACUCAUGCACGAAGAGGGGGUGCUGUAGCUCCCCCAGUACCCCCUGUUCCUGUGCGGCCAACUGUUGCCAUAGACUGUCGCUAUCGGACAGUGGCGACUAAUACCAAAGAUGGCGCAGGCACCAUGCAGUGGACCAACAGAGGAGUGAUUAUCUGUCCGAACGUCUGA